AUCCAGCGCGGCUCUUCCGGUGGAGACGUGGCUCUGCUGCUGCCAUAUUGACGCUAGCUAACAAUCACAGAAGUCGAAGUCAGCCGCACCGCUUCUCACCAUUCCAGAGAGACUCAAACACUCCCAGAACAAGAAGCACCAGAGACCGGAGCGCAAAAAGAGACCGAACAUGGUGCUGUUGGCAGCGGCGGUGUGCACCAAGGCCGGCAAGGCCAUCGUGUCGAGGCAGUUUGUUGAAAUGACCCGAACACGAAUCGAGGGUCUUCUGGCUGCUUUCCCUAAACUGAUGAACACAGGCAAGCAGCACACGUUUGUGGAAACAGACAGCGUUCGAUACGUGUACCAGCCUCUGGAGAAGCUCUACAUGGUCCUCAUCACCACCAAGAACAGUAACAUUCUGGAGGACCUGGAGACCCUCAGACUUUUCUCCCGUGUGAUUCCAGAGUACUGUCGAGUUCUGGAGGAGAGUGAAAUUUCAGAGCACUGCUUCGACCUCAUCUUCGCCUUCGAUGAGAUCGUGGCACUCGGCUACAGGGAGAACGUCAACCUGGCUCAGAUUCGCACCUUCACAGAGAUGGACUCGCACGAGGAGAAGGUGUUCCGGGCUGUCAGAGAGACCCAAGAACGUGAGGCCAAGGCUGAGAUGAGGAGGAAGGCCAAGGAGCUGCAGCAGGCCAGAAGGGACGCCGAGCGCUCUGGAAAGAAGGUGCCACCCUUCGGUGGUUUUGGUAGCGCCGGAAUGAGCAGUGUAUCCUCGAGCUCCGUCAUCACAGACACCAUUGUAGAACCCGAGAAACCCAAGAUCACACCGACUCCUGUCAGAUCGAGUGGACCAAGCAGGGCUCUGAAACUGGGCGCUAAAGGGAAAGAAGUAGACAACUUUGUUGACCAGCUCAAGUCUGAAGGUGAAACAAUCAUUCCAUCUACAGGAAAGAGAGGCUCAGAUGUGUCGAAAGUUCUGGCACCACCAGUCAAUGUGGAGAGCGUACAUCUCCGUGUGGAGGAGAAGAUCUCGUUGACCUGUGGCCGGGAUGGCGGCCUACAGAACAUGGAAAUUCUUGGCAUGGUGACGCUCCGAGUUACUGAUGAGAAGAACGGCCGCAUCCGCCUCAUUGUCAGCAAUACUGACAACAAAGGAUUACAGCUGCAGACACAUCCCAAUGUGGAUAAGAAGUUUUUCACAGCCGAGUCAGUGAUUGGCCUGAAGAACCCAGAGAAGUCCUUUCCUCUCAAUAACGAUGUUGGUGUGCUCAAGUGGAGGCUGCAGACCACAGACGAGACCCUCAUACCUCUAACCAUAAACUGCUGGCCUUCAGAGAGCGCCACUGGCUGUGAUGUCAACAUCGAGUAUGAGCUGCAGAAGGACAGCCUGGAGCUGAACAACGUCGUCAUCAGCAUCCCUAUACCAUCUGGUGUGGGAGCUCCUGUAAUUGGUGACCUGGACGGAGAGUACAAGCACGACAGCCGGCGGAACAUCCUGGAGUGGUGCCUACCUGUCAUCGAUGCCAACAACAAAACUGGCAGCCUGGAGUUCAGCAUCGCUGGGCAGCCUCAUGAUUUCUUCCCCGUCAACGUGUCCUUCGUGUCCAAGCGUAACUUCUGUGACAUCGAGGUGACCAAAGUGACUCAUGUAGAUGGCGACAGCUCUGUUAAAUUCUCUACAGAAACCUCCUUUGUUGUCGACAAAUACGUCAUUGAGUAGAUGUUGGAUGAAAAUAACUAAAUAAAAAAAUAAAAAAUCACAAUGUCCAAAUCUAUGCUAUGGAGAAGAUUGAAGAUUUCUGCCUGCCGCCCCUGUUUGCUAUUAGACUGUACAUCGUCAGGACUGUUUGCCUUCUGGCAGAGCUUCCUCCAUGGUGGAGAAGAGCAGCGGUGGUGUAUUUAUGUUUGUAUGAGAGGAUCAUAUAUAUAUACAUAUUACAUAUAUAUAUUACAUAUAUAAUGUAUGUAUGUAUAUAUAUAUGUAUAUGUAAAGAGUGUAAUUUGAACAUGAAUAAAAACUGCAAAUAUACAGAAAUGAAAGCUCAGCUGAUGAUGCUGUUCAGAACUGUAAAGACUGGAGGCUAAGUAGAGGAUGACUGUGGGGGUGGAGGAGGGACCAGCAGCCUCCAUCAGUAAAUCCUGCCAGGAGGUAGAGGAGCAGGACCUGAGGCCCGGGUCUCCACCAGAGUCGGAGCAGGGAGUUUAGAAUGGAUGCAAGUCCACAGCCUGGCUGCUUCUGCCACUUGUUCACCCAUUGUUUCCUUACUUUCUUGGUUCUUUGUUAAAGUUAGUCCUGACUCCUCUGUGCACGUCGUGCUGCUUUUGUUAAAACCUUGACUUGUUUUUAAUAUCUCAAUUCACAUCUUUUUUUUCCUUCCAAGCAUAUUUAGAUUUUUCAGUUUUUGUAGAAAUCUGUUCUUUGUUGGGGGAACACCAAACUUGGCCCAAUUUGUUCAGUCUGCAAGUCUCAGCUCUUUGUUUUGAAAUUAUUUUUUCCGUUCUUUGCUUUUUAAUUAAUCGUUAAUUAUUAAUCAUCUGCAGGUUGAAGUUUAAUGGUGAAGUGCACGCUUUGUAAGGGAUUGUCAACUGAAGGACAAGCUUAUCUACCAGUAAAACCAUUUAACGUCUUGCAUCUGUUGACGUUUGUCAUGUUUUUUGGGAACACCUUUAGAACCGCUCCUCCUUGACGGGUUGAUUUUAGUUCAAAGAGAAAUUCUGAAAAGGCAGAAAAUGAAAAUAAGAACUUUUAAAGGAGCCUCCAAAACAAUUGAGCUGUCAUUCGAGUCCAGAACUCCCAGGUGCGAGUCUGCCUGUAAAUCUGCUCCAUCAGCUCGGGUUUUACUGAGGUUCCUAUAGUAACGUGGCAUCCAUCCACCCAGUCAUCCUUUACUUAGUGUCAGAGUGAAUCAGCAUUAUUCAAAAAGUCACGUUUGUUAUCCUUUCCCCUCUUUUAUUUCCCCAGAUUACAAUUGAAGUGUGGAUGUGGGGUCAGAUUGUUUCUUUUUUUAAUUCUUGAAGGGGAAUCUUAACAUUCCACUGUACAACCUGGACAAAGGAAGCUUAAAUGGAAUAAAAUGUAAUAUUGAAAAGGA